UGUUAAUUGUUUCUAUAGCUCAUCCAUGCACACAGCCUGGUUGUGAGAGAUGUGAUGCUACUGGAUGCUGUCAAGCCUGUUCAUCAGGUUAUAGUAUGAGUGCCAAUAAUUGUUUAUGUCUUUGUUCAUUGUCCUGUGACAGAGGAUAUACUCCAUCAGCUAACUGCACUAGUUGUGUUUUGACUAACAUCUGUGAAGCAUCAAACCCUUGUGGUACUGCUGACUGCUCCCUGGGAUCACAACCAGACCAAUACAUUUGUUACUGUGCUGCUAAUACAUCUAAUACUCAAAGUCAAAGUCUAUCAGCUUCUAUUAUUGCAAUUAUUACAGUGCUAUCAUUGAUAAUUGCUGUGUGUAUUGCACUGAUUGUUGUAUUGGUGGUUGUUGUUGUGAUCAACAAUAAGAAGCAAAAGCAGCAAUUGCAACAGCCUUCUCAUGACUAUGACAUAAUCUGUCCAACUGCUUCAGAUCCAGUAACACAGACUAACCAGGCUUAUCAAGUUGGCAGGCAGCUGUUUUAAAUACAUAAUGUGUGCAUAUUUUUUGAACUUACGUCAAUAAAUUAAAUUAUUACUGAAAGAUUAUUAAUGAUUUCAAACUGCUAGUAACUAUAA